GGUGUACACGGCAAGGAUGCCGCAGACAACAUGAGGUGAAUAUCAUCGACUGUCCCAAAUUGGAAAUUUAUUUUAUACCUGCACUGGAGACAGAAGCCCUGGUGAGCGCAGCUGGUUAUUCACUAGCCCGAUACCAGCGUUCAGCAGGAGCAUCAAAUCACAUCCAGAUGGGAAAAAAGAUGUCUGCACUCAGAUCCUAGGUGACAUCCUGUGGCCGUCAGGUCUUUACAGUGUUGAGUCCCCUCCCUCUCCUGGCCCCCGCCUGCAGUUCUCCAGGCUGCAGGACCCAGACUCACUGAAAAGUGCAGGCCUCCUCCCCCUGCAGAAUGACUGUUGCCACAGCCGACCCCUCUGAUGAGGCGGCGGCACACCCGGGGCACCCGCAGGACUACGACCCAGAGGCUGACCAUGAGUGUUGCGAGAGGGUGGUCAUCAACAUCUCAGGGCUGCGCUUUGAGACACAACUUAAAACUCUCUCCCAAUUUCCAGAGACUCUGCUGGGGGACCCCAAAAAGAGGAUGCGGUACUUUGACCCACUAAGGAAUGAGUACUUUUUUGACAGAAACCGACCCAGCUUUGACGCCAUAUUGUAUUAUUACCAAUCAGGAGGCCGACUAAGAAGGCCAGUCAAUGUUACCGUAGAUAUUUUCUCAGAGGAGAUCCGCUUUUAUGAGCUGGGUGAGGAGGCAAUUGAGAUGUUCAGAGAAGAUGAGGGUUUCAUCAAGGAGGAGGAGCGGCCUCUUCCUGACAACGAGUUUCAGAGACAAGUAUGGCUAUUGUUUGAGUACCCAGAGAGCUCAGGUCCUGCAAGGAUUAUUGCCAUAAUCUCUGUCAUGGUCAUCCUCAUAUCUAUAGUCAGCUUCUGCUUGGAAACGCUCCCCAUUUUCCGUAAUGAUGAAGAGGAAAUGCACAAGUCUCAAGCGGAAGUCUUUUCGCCUGAGACCAACACCACAAUCAUCAGCUAUACAGCCACCUACUUCACUGACCCCUUCUUUAUCCUGGAGACUCUUUGCAUUAUAUGGUUCUCCUUUGAAUUUCUAGUGCGCUUCUUUGCCUGCCCCAGCAAAGCAGGAUUUUUUGGUAAUAUAAUGAACAUUAUUGAUAUCGUUGCCAUCAUCCCUUACUUCAUCACUCUUGGCACAGAGCUAGCAGACAGACCAGAGGAUGGUCAAGCAGGUCAGCAAGCCAUGUCUUUAGCCAUUCUCAGGGUCAUCCGCUUGGUGCGAGUCUUCAGAAUAUUUAAGCUUUCUCGUCACUCUAAGGGGCUUCAGAUUUUGGGUCAGACCCUGAAAGCCAGCAUGAGAGAGCUUGGCCUCCUCAUUUUUUUCCUCUUCAUAGGAGUCAUCCUAUUCUCAAGCGCUGUCUACUUUGCUGAAGCAGAUGAGCCAGAGUCACAGUUUGAAAGCAUCCCAGAUGCAUUUUGGUGGGCUGUGGUGUCAAUGACAACAGUUGGCUACGGUGAUAUGGUCCCAACUACAAUUGGUGGCAAGAUUGUGGGCUCCCUCUGUGCCAUUGCAGGUGUGCUGACCAUUGCCUUGCCUGUGCCUGUCAUCGUGUCCAAUUUUAACUACUUCUAUCACCGUGAGACUGAAGGUGAAGAACAGGCGCAGUAUCUGCAGGUCAACGUGCCCAAAGCUGACUCAGCUGAGGAACUGAAAAAGAGCCGGAGUGGCUCCACCAUCAGUAAAUCGGACUACAUGGAGAUCCAGGAGGCUGUGAACAACAGCAACGAGGACUUUCAGGAGGAGAACCUUAAGACAGCCAACUGCACGCUGGCCAACACAAACUAUGUAAACAUCACCAAAAUGCUCACAGAUGUGUAGUGGUCUUAUAUUUUCCUCCUUGUCACAGUGGGAAAUGUGGAGCUGAGCAACGGGGUGGAACUGGCAUACACCCUC